ACAGCAGCAUAUCUCAUUCUACUUUCACUGUUCUUCUUGGAAGAUAUUUGAGAUCCUAUAUUGGUUCUUGUGUAAUCGAGAGAUGGGUUUCUGCAGAAGCAAAAUUGGUUUUACCCAGUGGCUCAUCCUUGUGAUAAUGGGAACUGCCUCAAUGUUAGCAGUUAGUAGUAUGGCGAAGACGAUCAUGGUUGGAGGAUCUGAAGGCUGGCAUUUCGGCUUCAACUAUACUGACUGGGCUUUUGAAAAUGGACCUUUCUACCUCAAUGACACUCUAGUGUUCAAGUUUGAUCCACCAAACAGCACAACCUUCCCUCACAGUGUGUACUUACUGCGAGACUUCUGGAGUUUCUUGAGAUGCGAUCUGAAGAAAGAUAAGAUGGUGGCGAAUGUGACAGACGGUGGUGGGGAGGGCUUCAAGUUUGUGCUCAAGAGGUGGCAACCUUACUAUUUUUCUUGCGGUGAGCGCAAUGGCUUCCAUUGCAAUGUUGGUAGGAUGAAGUUCGUCGUCUUCCCCAUGCCUCGUUGCCGUAAUAGUACUCACGGUUGAUGCUUAAUUGCUUGCUCUAAUUAGUUGAUUGUCCAUUGGAGAGGCAACCUAGUU